AACGCUUGGGAGGAGAGGGCGGGGUGUCGUUCCCUUUCGCUGAUGCAAGAGUCUAGUGCGGUGGUAGGAGAGGUGUCGGCAGGAGCAGUGCUGCCACCGGGGCCUGGGGCUGACCCGUCCGACUUCCCGUCCGUGCCGAGCCCACUCGAGCCGCAGCCAUGUCCGGGGACGAGAUGAUUUUUGAUCCUACUAUGAGCAAGAAGAAAAAGAAGAAGAAGAAGCCUUUUAUGUUAGAUGAGGAAGGGGAUGCCCAGACGGAAGAAACCCAGCCCUCAGAAACAAAAGAAGUAGAACCAGAGCCAACUGAGGACAAAGAUGUAGAAGCUGAUGAAGAGGACAGUAGGAAAAAGGAUGCUUCUGAUGAUUUAGAUGACUUGAACUUCUUUAAUCAGAAGAAAAAGAAGAAAAAAACAAAAAAGAUAUUUGAUAUUGAUGAAGCUGAAGAAGGUGUAAAGGAUCUUAAGAUCGAAAGUGAUAUCCAAGAACCAGCUGAACCAGAGGAUGACCUUGACAUUAUGCUUGGCAAUAAAAAGAAGAAAAAGAAGAACGUUAAGUUCCCAGAUGAGGAUGAAAUACUAGAGAAAGAUGAAGCUUUAGAAGAUGAAGACAGCAAAAAAGAUGAUGGUAUCUCAUUCAGUAACCAGACAGGUCCUGCUUGGGCAGGCUCCGAAAGAGACUACACGUAUGAGGAGCUACUGAAUCGAGUGUUCAACAUUAUGAGGGAAAAGAAUCCAGAUAUGGUUGCUGGAGAAAAAAGGAAAUUUGUCAUGAAACCUCCACAGGUUGUCCGAGUAGGAACAAAGAAAACUUCUUUUGUCAACUUUACAGAUAUCUGUAAACUAUUACAUCGUCAGCCCAAACAUCUUCUUGCAUUUUUAUUGGCUGAAUUGGGUACAAGUGGUUCUAUAGAUGGUAAUAAUCAACUUGUAAUCAAAGGAAGAUUCCAACAGAAACAGAUAGAAAAUGUUUUGAGAAGAUAUAUCAAGGAAUACGUUACCUGUCAUACGUGCCGAUCACCGGACACAAUCCUGCAAAAGGACACCCGACUCUAUUUCUUACAGUGCGAAACUUGUCAUUCUCGAUGCUCUGUUGCCAGCAUCAAAACCGGCUUCCAGGCUGUCACAGGCAAGCGAGCACAGCUCCGUGCCAAAGCUAACUAAUUGGCUAACCACCACUGAUUUUGCAAAGUGUGUUGUGGAGAUUUGGCUGGACAGGUUUACCAUCAGAGUGGAUAUACCACUGUAUUAAAAACAAGAUAGAAAAGCUGCCAGGUUCUUUGGCGUGUGGCUGGUUGGUCUGAAAUCCUUGCAAGAUGCUGAUGCUCAAGCUGUUGACAUACUCAUUGCCUACUUUAACAACUGUCAGAAAAACAUGAUGGGGUAAGGCGGUGCUUUUUUAAAAUCGUUCAUAGACUUAUGUAAAAUGCAAGAUAAAUUAAAGUUAUUAUAACAGUGAUUCUUUCAAUUUGGUUUGUCCUUCAGUUUUCUAUAAAAAUUGUGCUUAAUGAAUUCAGGAAGAAGAUUGUGCCUGGGCUCUGGCGAGGUCUCUUUAUCCUCAUCCUGAGAAACUGGACAUUGGCAGGUUCAGCUGGGCAGCUAUUUUUCUUCUCAGCUUCUCUUGAUAUAAAGUGUCACAUAAGGGGGUGGUUAGAGCUUGAGAUCUGGGAGGACAGCCUGUUUUCAGUGUCCAACAAACAACUGCAUAGAUUUGAAUUCUUUUCAUUAUGUGAGGAUUGUUGCUGCUACCUCACUGCCAAGUCCUCUAGCUGUUACCACGUGAAGGAAUACAAGGUGCUAGGUACUCUCCCCUCCUCAGAAUUUUCUUAUUGGCCACUGAUAAAAUCUUAGAAACAUAAUAGCUUUUAAGUAAGUCUUAUAACCAGCAUUCAGAGAACUGAGUCUAAACUAUGAUGCUAGAGAAAGCAGUUCUUUUUCCCAACGUCUGUUCUGGAUUUGAUAAACACCCACUACAAAUGUUUCUGUUUUCUAUAUUAAAAGUAGCUUUUCAGCGUGACCAUGAGAAACCAAGAGGUGAUGGUGCCUGUGGUACUCUUGGUGCCUCCAGUUCUGCCUCCUGAGGAUUUGGCUGAAAGGUUAUUUCUCCGCUCAGCACAGGGAGAAAGAUCAUUUCAUGUGUCUGCUGUGAUCUCCCUUGUACACACUUGAGGAUAAGAGCGUAAUGCUGUUCUCCUCGUGGUCUUGUGGCCCCAGGAGCAGUCAACUCAGCCCUGAAUGUCUUACCAUGUUGUUUUCAAUCACUGUGACCCUUAAUUUUUAAAGGACAGGCCUAGUGUAAAACACCUUGGCCAUGAAGUGGUGGAGGGAGCAGAGUAUUUCCUUGACCCAGUAGGGCCCAAGGUGACCACAUUGGCUGAGCUGCCACCACUGCCCUGAUGAGCUCAACUGUUUAUGCUGCCAUCUUCCUUCUUUUGUAUCUACGCCCACACAGUUCUCAAUGUCCAAUGUUACUGCGUGAAUAAAGCAAGGAUUAGUGCCUCUUG